AUGUUAAUUUAUGAGAUCAUAGUGGUUAACAGUCACUACGCGUUCUUGACCGGUGUAAGACGCGAUUUUUAGCUUUUUCUAGUCGACUGGACGUGGCAGCUUGAAACUCAUAGGGAUUUCCACCAGAACGAACAGCGGAGUCCCCAAUAUGAAGGCCGUGUCUUUCGGCGCAGUUCUGCCACUUUUGUGGGCGCUCGCAGGAAAUGUAGCGAUUGUUUCGGCAGCAGUAGCGCGUUCUCAAUCGCCGCAACGAGUCAUGGAACCAGCCUUCGCUAAUGCGGGCCAACGGGCCGGAUUGGAAAUUUGGAGAAUUGAGGACUUCAAGCCGGUGGCCUAUCCGAAUAACCAGUACGGCAAGUUUUACACCGGCGACUCUUACAUUGUCCUGAAUACUAAAGUGAACAAGAGAGGCGACAAAUCCUGGGAUAUACAUUUUUGGCUGGGAUCUGAAACCAGUCAGGAUGAAGCUGGAGCAGCUGCGAUUCUCACGGUGCUGCUGGAUGAGCAGCUGGGCGGCGAUCCAGUGGAACAUCGCGAGAAACAGGAACAUGAAUCCAAGCUGUUCCUCUCGUACUUCAAAGCGGGCGUUCGUUAUCAGCCCGGAGGCGUUGCGUCUGGAUUUAGGCAUGUGGAUCCAAACCAGGCCGAAACCAGACUGUUCCAAGUGAAAGGAUCCAGGAAUAUUCGAGUGAAAGAGGUAGAUCCAAACAUAUCGUCCAUGAAUAAGGGCGACUGUUUCAUUCUGGAUCUAGGCAGAAACAUCUACGUCUAUGUGGGAACAGCAGCAAGAAGAGUGGAAAAACUGAAAGCGACCGCUGCAGCCAAUCAAAUCAGAGAUCAAGAUCACGCCGGCAAGUCCACAGUGACCAUCGUUGAUGAAUUCAGUCCCCAAUCCGACUUCGACACGUUCUUCAAAGCCCUUGGGGGCGGCUCAAGGGACACCGUGCCCGAAGCCACCAGUGGCGGAGACGACGCCCAGUUCGAAACAUCUGAGGAAAGAGCUGCCUCCUUGUACAGAGUGUCGGAUGCUUCAGGUUCCCUUCGGGUAGAGCCCGUAGGCAGCCGCCCUUUGGAGCCCUCGCUUUUAGACGAAGGCGACGUUUUUGUCUUAGACUCCGGGAAUGGCGAUGUCUUUGUGUGGGUCGGUCGCAGGGCGUCUGCCCAAGAGAAACGGGAGUCGAUGAAGAAGGCGGACGCCUAUUUGGCUGAGCACAAACGGCCUUCGUGGACGCAUGUGGAGCGCGUGUCCCAGGGAGCUGAACCGGCUGCCUUCACUCAAUUGUUCCGCACUUGGCAAGGGUAUGGAGAAACGCGCACCAGGAUUGCACGGGCUGCCGAUCAGCCGCGCCUGCUGCACGCUCUGCUGCGUCCGGGAGCCUCCAAGUUCCAAGUGGAAGAAGUGCACAACUUUGAGCAGGACGAGCUGAAUACGGACGACGUGAUGCUGUUGGACGUGCCGCAGGAGAACACGAUCUUUGUGUGGGUCGGCGAAGGCGCGGACGCUGAAGAAAAGAGACGCAGCAGCGAGCUGGUUGAGAAUUACCAGCGGCAGCAUCAUAGGGAGGGGACCGCCGUCAAGUUCGUCCAUCAAGGCGAGGAAGACGACGAGUUUAAGGCGCACUUUUCCAGCUGGAAUCCGCAACUUUGGGAGAACGAAGUCGAUGUCAGGCAACUGGCCAAGAAAUUCGAUGACUGAUUUAUGGCCUUUGGCGGCUGUUUGCUUCCUUUCUUCGAUCAUUUUAUAACCAAAAAUUGUUUUUGUGCAUCCAUUUUAAACGCCCUUUAUGGGCAGAUAGGAUCAUCCACCUGUUAAGGUAAGUUGUUUACACCCCGUAUCGUCUUUUACACUCAUAUGUAAGUAUGUAUACUCUUAAAUUGUCAUAUUUGUGUAGUAGUAAAGCAUUUAACUUUU